CAUUCAGGAGUGACACCGCUUAUCUUUUCCAAGAGCAGAAUGACAUUCUUCAGUGGAAGAAAGGGCAGUGUAUGUUUUCCAAACCACAUGAUAAUGAAGGCAUGGAAAUGCUGUUACUGUGGAAAGGACUUCAGAUACAGACCACAGCUUCUUGUCCACCAAAAAAUACACGCAGCACAGAAGCUUUUUGAAUGUUCAGAGUGCGGAAAGAAAUUCAGUAUGAAUUCCAGUCUACAAAAGCACCGAAGAACGCACUCAGGGGAGAAACGUUUUGAAUGCUCAGAGUGUGGAAAGACGUUCAGUCGGAGUGACACUCUUCAACAGCAUCAAAGAACCCACACAGGGGAGAAACGUUUUGAAUGUUCAGAGUGUGGAAAGAGAUUCAGUCAGAAUAGCACUCUUCAACUGCAUCUAAGAACCCACACAGGGGAGAGACCUUUUCAGUGCUCAGAGUGUGGAAAGAGAUUCAGUCUGAGUUCCACUCUUCAAAAGCAUGAAAGAACCCACACAGGGGAGAAACCUUUUGAAUGUUCAGAGUGUGGAAAGAGAUUCAGUAGGAACGAUAGUUUUCAACAGCAUCAAAGAACUCACACUGGGGAUAAACCUUUUGACUGCUCAGAGUGUGGAAAGAAAUUCAGUCUGAGUUCCAGUCUUCAAAUCCAUCUAAGAACCCACACAGGGGAGAAACCUUUUGAAUGCUCAGAGUGUGGAAAGAGAUUCAGUAGCAGUUACAAUCUUCAAGGGCAUCAAAGAACCCACAAAGGGGAGAAACCUUUUGAAUGCUCAGAUUGUGGAAAGAGAUUCAGUUUGAAUAGUAGUCUUCAACAGCAUCAGAUAACCCACACAGGGGAGAAAUAUUUUGAAUGCUCAGAGUGUGGAAAGAAAUUCAGUUUGACUUCCAGUCUUCAAAAGCAUCUAAGAACCCACACAGGGGAGAAACCAUUUGCAUGCUCAGAGUGUGGAAAGAGAUUCAGUCAGAAUGGCAAUCUUUACAAGCAUCAAAGAAUCCACACAGGGGAGAAACCUUUUGAAUGCUCAGAGUGUGGGAAAACAUUCAGUUUGAAUUCCAAUCUUCAACAGCAUCAAAGAACCCACACAGGGGAGAAACCUUUUGAAUGCUCAGAGUGUGGAAAGAGAUUCAGUGUGAACUGCAGUCUUCAACAGCAUCAAAGAACACACACAGGGGAGAAAGCUUAUGAAUGCUCAGAGUGUGGAAAGAAAUUCAGUCUGAGUUCCAGUCUUCAAAAGCAUCUGAGAACCCACACAGGAGAGAAACCUUUCGAAUGCUUAGCGUGUGGAAAGAGAUUCAGUGAGAGGUCUAGCCAGAGCAGACAUCAAAGAACUCACAGAGGGGAGAAACCUUUUGAGUGCUCCGAGUGUGGAAAGAGGUUCAGUCAGAGUGGCAAUCUUCAAAAGCACCAAAGAAUCCACACAGGGGAGAAACCUUUUGAAUGCUCAGAUUGUGGAAAGAGAUUUAGUCAGAGUGACAGCCUUCAAAAGCAUCACAGAACCCACACAGGGGAGAAACCUUUUGAAUGCUCAGAGUGUGGAAAGAGAUUUAGUCGGAGUGACAGUCUUCAACGGCAUCAAAGACCCCAGACAGGGGAGAAAGCUUUUGAAUGCUCAGAGUGUGGAAAGAGUUUUUGUCAGAGUGACAGUCUACAAAAGCAUAAAAAAACCCACACAGGGGAGAAAUCUUUUGAAUGCUCAGAGUGUGGAAAGCAAUUCAGUCAUAGUGGCAGUCUUCAAAAGCACCAAAGAACCCACACCGGGGAGAAACCUUUUGAAUGUUCAGAGUGUGGGAAAAGAUUCCAUCAGUAUAGCUGUCUUCAAAUGCAUCAAGGAGUCCACACAGGGGAGAAACCUUUUGAAUGCUUAGAGUGUGGGAAAGGAUUCGUUCGGAGUAGUCGUCUUCAAGGGCAUCAAAGAAUCCACACAGGGGAGCAACCUUUUGAAUGUUCAGAGUGUGGAAACCGAUUCAGUCAGAGUGGCACUCUUCAACAGCAUCAAAGAAUCCACAGAGGGGAGAAACCUUUUGAAUGCUCAGAGUGUGGUAGGAGAUUCAGUCUGAGUUCCAGUCUGCAAAAGCAUCAAAGAACCCACACAGGGGAAAAACCUUUUGAAUGUUCAGAGUGUGGUAGGAGAUUUAGUCUGAGUUCCAGUCUUCAAAAGCAUCAAAGAACCCACACAGGGGAGAAACCUUUUGAAUGCUCAGAGUGUGGUAGGAGAUUCAGUCUGAGUUCCAGUCUGCAAAAGCAUCAAAGAACCCACACAGGGGAGAAACCUUUUGAAUGCUCAGAGUGUGGUAGGAGAUUCAGUCUGAGUUCCAGUCUGCAAAAGCAUCAAAGAACCCACACAGGGGAGAAACCUUUUGAAUGCUCAGAGUGUGGUAGGAGAUUCAGUCUGAGUUCCAGUCUGCAAAAGCAUCAAAGAACCCACACAGGGGAGAAACCUUUUGAAUGCUCAGAGUGUGGUAGGAGAUUCAGUCUGAGUUCCAGUCUGCAAAAGCAUCAAAGAACCCACACAGGGGAGAAACCUUUUGAGCACUCAGAGCCUGGGACCAGCAGAGUGAAGGAAAGCCACGUGCCCCGGUUUGCUUCCAAGCAGACUGAACUCCAUUCUCACCACCCUAAUAAGGCGGAGGUGGCCCAGCAGAAGGGGGAGGAGAUGGAACAGCAGGACCCAGAAGGACCAGGAACUGGCAAGAGAGCAAGGAAAGACCCCCCUCCCAUCCCGGCGGGGAGUGGUGCUGAACUCUGGGAGAGAGCGGUGCCAGAGGUCCUGCCUCAGGAGACGGGGAUCCCAGAGGAGCAUCGGCAGCGUUUCCGGCAGUUCGGCUACCAGGAGGCUGCCGGGCCCCGAGAGUUCCUGGCCGUCCUGCCCAAGGAAAUGCAGCGCUGGGUUAGAGGAUGCGGGCCGGAGACCAGUUCCCAGGCGGUGUCCCUGGCCGAGGGCUUCAUCCUGAGUCGGGCAGAGGACAAGCGGCAGGCAGAGCAGAUGUGGGGACCGGCUGUGAAGACGGAAGUGAAGUUCUCUGAGGAGGAAGGACCUCCUUUGGAGGAGGAGCCGAAGGUGCAGGCCCAUACCCAAGAUGCCCUCUCACAUGAAGGCAUGGAUGUGCGAGAGACUACAGUGGAGACGGACGAAGGGCUGGAGAUUGUCUCAAGAGGGUCUCAACAGACUAUUUCCUUCCCGAGUGAACUGGCCGCGACACAGAAGCUUUUUGAAUGCUCAGAGUGUGGAAAGAAAUUCAGAAUGAAUUCCAGUCUACAAAACCAUCAAAGACGUCACUCAGGGGAAAAACCUUUUCAAUGCUCAGAGUGUGGAAAGAGAUACAGUAGGUAUUGCAGUCUUCAAAACCAUCAAAGAAUCCACAGAGGGGAGAAACCUUUUCAAUGCUCAGAGUGUGGAAAGAGAUUCAUUCAGAAUGGUACUCUUCAAGUGCACCAAAGAACCCACACAGGGGAGAAACCUUUUGAAUGCUCAGAGUGUGGAAAGAGAUUUAGUCAUUGUGACAGUCUUCAAAAGCAUCACAGAACCCACACAGGGGAAAAACCUUUUGAAUGCUCAGAGUGUGGAAAGAGAUUCAAUAGCAGUUCCAAUCUUCGAGGGCAUCAAAGAACCCACACAGGGGAGAAACCUUUUGAGUGCUCACAAUGUGGAAAGAGAUUCAGUCAGAGUACCCAUCUUCAAGUGCACCAAAGAACCCACACAGGGGAGAAACCUUUUGAAUGCUCAGAGUGUGGAAAGAGAUUCAGUCAGAAUUCCAAUCUUCAAAAGCAUCAAAGAACCCACACAGGGGAGAAACCUUUUGAAUGCUCAGAGUGUGGAAAGAGAUUCAUUCGGAAUGCCACUCUUCAAGUGCACCAAAGAACCCACACAGGGGAGAAACCUUUUGAAUGCUCAGAGUGUGGAAAGAGAUUCAGUCAGGAUUCCAAUCUUCAAAAGCAUCAAAGAACCCACACAGGGGAGAAACCUCUUGAAUGCUCAGAGUCAGGGCCCAGCAGAGUGAAAGAAGGCCACAUGCCCCUUUUUGCUUCCAAGCAGACCCAGCUCCAUUCUCACCACCCUAAUAAGGUAAAAGGACUUCCCAAAGGAAAUGGAAAGGCGGAGAGCUUCUGGUGCGGAAAGACACCCCGGCCGGCCCCUCGGGAGGCUGCGAAGUCCACUCGGUCUCCCGCCCUGUGCAGAGGAGGUCUCGCUCUCUUGCACUUUAUCUUGACUGACCGGUUACGGAUCAGCAGGGAGCAGCUGCGGGAAGGUAUUUAUAUGUUUUAUAUGAUCCGGCACAUGGUGCCGCUGAAUCUUCUGGUGCGGAAAGACACCCCGGCCGGCCCCUCGGGAGGCUGCGAAGUCCACUCGUUCCUGGCCGUCCUGCCCGAGGAAAUGCAGCGCUGGGUCAGAGGAUGCGGGCCGGAGACCAGUUCCCAGGCGGUGUCCCUGGCCGAGGGCUUCCUCCUGAGUCGGGCAGAGGACAAGCGGCAGGCAGAGCAGUUUCAGAUGCGGGAACUGUCUGUGAAGAUGGGGGAAGAGCAGAAGGCGCAAGCCCAGGAGCGUUCCCAGGAUGCCGUCUCCCGUGCUCUGAUGAUCGAUGCAGGGGUGAGGAUGGGCAGGGGCAAGAUCUGUCUCCUUGGUCUUUCGCAUUCCUCCUCUUACCUGUAUCCCUUCCUGCAGUUUCAGAUGUGGGGGCCGUCUGUCAAGAUGGGAGUGAAGUUCUCGGAGGAGAAAGGGUGUCCUUUGUUGGAAGAGCAGGAGGCACAGGUUCAGGAGCAUUCCCAAGAUGCCCUCUCACGUGAAGGCACGGAUGUGCGAGAGACUGCAGUGGAGAUGGAUGAAGGGUUGGAGAGUUUCUCAAGAGGAUCUCAACAGAAUAGUUCCUUCCCGAGUGAACUGGCCGCGAGAGAAGAUGUCGAGGAGUCAUUUGGGAAAUUUCAGAAGAGUUCUUUCCCACUGGAAGAAGCCCAGAAUGAAAAGGCCAAAGGAAACUUCAGGAACAGAGAUGGACCACAGAGGCAGGAAGGAAGCCGUACGGUGAAGAGUAUAAUGAAGGCAUGUAAAUGCAGCCACUGUGCAAAGUGCUUCAGAUACAGAUCACAGCUUCUUGUACACCAAAAGAUACACGCAGCACAGAAACUCUAUGAAUGCUCAGAGUGUGGAAAGAGAUUCAGUCAGAGUGGCCAUCUUCAGAACCAUCAAAGAACCCACACAGGGGAGAAACCUUUUGAAUGCUCAGAGUGUGGAAAGAGAUUCAGUCAGAGUGGCACGCUUCAGAACCAUCAAAGAACCCACACAGGGGAGAAACCUUUUGAAUGCUCAGAGUGUGGAAAGAGAUUCAGUCAGAAUGGCACUCUUCAGAACCAUCAAAGAACCCACAUACGGGAGAAAUCUUUUGAAUGCUCAGAGUGUGGAAAGAGAUUCAGUACGAGUGGCAGCCUUCAAAAGCAUCAAAGAAUUCACAGAGGGGAGAAAUCUUUUGAAUGCUCAGAGUGUGGAAAGAGAUGCGGUCAGAGUAGCAAUCUUCAAGAGCAUCAAAGAACCCACACAGGGGAGAAACCUUUCGAAUGCUCAGAGUGUGGAAAGAGAUUCAGUCAGAGUUCUGGUCUUCAAGUGCACCAAAGAACCCACACAGGGGAGAAACCUUUUGAAUGCUCAGAGUGUGGAAAGAGAUUCAUUCGGAGUUCCGGUCUUCAAGUGCACCAAAGAACCCACACAGGGGAGAAACCUUUUGAAUGCUCAGAGUGUGGAAAGAGAUUCAUUCGGAGUUCCGGUCUUCAAGUGCACCAAAGAACCCACACAGGGGAGAAACCUUUUGAAUGCUCAGAGUGUGGAAAGAGAUUCAGUUGGAUUUUCAGUCUUCAACUACACCAAAAAACCCACACAGGCGAGAAACCUUUUGAAUGCUCAGAGUGUGGAAAGAGAUUCAGUCAGACUUCCAGUCUUCAAAAGCAUCAAAGAACCCACACAGGGGAGAAACCUUUUGAAUGUUCAGAGUGUGGAAAGAGAUUCAGUCAGACUUCCAGUCUUCAGAGCCAUCAAAGAACCCACACAGGGGAAAAAUCUUUUGAAUGCUCAGAGUGUGGAAAGAGAUUCAGUACGAGUUCUAAUCUUCAAAGGCAUCAAAGAACCCACACAGGGGAGAAACGUUUUGAAUGCUCAGAGUGUGGGAAGAGAUUCAGACAGAAUUCCAGUCUUCAACUUCACCAAAGAACCCACACGGGAGAGAAACCUUUUGAAUGCUCAGAGUGUGAAAAGAGAUUCCAUAGGAGUAGUGGUCUUAAAAUUCAUCAAAGAACCCACACAGGGGAGAAGCCUUUUGAAUGCUCAGAGUGUGAAAAGAGAUUCAGUAGGAGUAGUGGUCUUAAAAUUCAUCAAAGAACCCACACAGGGGAGAAGCCUUUUGAAUGCUCAGAGUGUGGAAAGAGAUUGAGGCAUAAUUCCAGUCUUCAAAAGCAUCAAAGAACCCACACAGGGGAGAAACCUUUUAAAUGA